AUGGGCCUCCACAGAGAUGGAGAGCUUCUCGGCCUUUCACCUUUUGAGACCGAGAUGAGGCGGCGGAUUUGGUGGCAGAUUUUCAUGCUGGACUCCAAAUUCUCCAUGAUAUCAGGGCUGAGCCAAUCGUUGCUUCCUCGACCUAGCGACUGCAAGCUUCCCAAGAAUCUCAAUGACGCGGACUUACAUGCAGGUGCAACGGAGCGAUAUCAGGAUCGCGAAGGCCCAACAGACAUGGUAAUUCCACUCUUGGUGUAUCAAGUUGGCUUUUGCAUUCAGCAGCAGCAAGACAUCGAAUCGUUAAUGCUUUACAACGAGUUAAGCACCCUGAGCUCAGGAAGAAGAAGCAAAGUUCAGUCGGCACAAAUCAGCGCUUUUAUUAAGAAUCUCGAGGGUCGGCUCAAUAACGUUAUCGAUAAGAACUCCGAUCCGACGGCUGGUCCUGUCCACGAGUUGGCCAGCCUCUUGAAGUCUCUGAUACUUCAAAAAGUUCAGGAAACGAGUCGCCCUCCCCAAGAACAACCAGAAUGGGGCUCGGAAAUUAUCACACCUAAAGACAACCUAUUUAAAUGGUCUGUCAUGACCACCGAGCAGAACAUCAACGCCUAUAGAUCGAAUAGACACCCCGAGUUCCACUGGUUUCUCAAGUUGCUAUUUCAGUAUGACGUAUUAAUUUUCAUGAUUGGCCAGCUUAGCCAGCGAAUGACCGGGGCUAUAGUCGAGCGGGCCUGGCAGCUGGUUCCGUCUAUUUACGAGUUUCAUCCCGAGUUUUUGGACCCUUCUCAGGAGUAUAACCUCGUUCUCGCCAGGUGUGCUACUGGGACCGUGCUGCCGGUUCCUGAAGAUGCACUGAGCGCCGAGAGCCAGAUUGGACAAGGCUCUAUGGAAGAAUUGUUUUCCACAUGCCUCGGUGCAGCUGCAGCAUGGGAUUCUCUAGCGCACCCCGACGAAGAGUGCAUUCAGAGGCAGCUCUCCACGUUCGAGGAUUUGGACAUGACAGUACCAAGAAACUGGUGA